AUGAUGGGUAAAAGUGAAAUGGCAGCGGGCGAAGUAUUGCAAGCUAAGAGUAGUAGAACAGGGAAGCUAGUAGGUCUACCUAAUGAGCUGGAUGAAGAGGAUUUUGUAGAUCUUGGAGUAGAGUCUGAAAAUGGUAUAGAAAUUGAAGCCUUGAAUUAUCUUGGAGGUUAUAUAGCUCAUAAGUACAAAAAAACAUAUCCUUCCGUAGGAUUCCCAGAAAUUGAAGGCCUAAACAACGACUGGAACUCCAAAGUACCUGGUUCUGAAUCAGUAUAUGAAAGUGAAGAGAGGCUGUUUAGCACGAAGGUUAAAGGACAGUUUUACAAAAGUGUAGUCAGACCAGGGAUUGGUUACGGAGCAGAGACGUGCUUGAUGAAGAAGGUUCAAGAACAGGAAAUGGAUGUGGAAGAAGUGAAGAUGCUGAGAUGGAUGUGUGGCGCCACAAGCAGAAAUCUUAUCAGGAAUUAA